UCCCCAGUUAACAUGAUCCCAAGUUGAUCCAUACAGCGGGACAGAAAACCCACGGAAACAGAUGCAUUUUCACUCUAGAAUCAACUGAAUGCUGUAAGACCCAAGCGUUAGAUGUGGCUUUGGUUUAUAUUCUGAUUUCAGUGAUGUCAUUUUCCUAACGAAUCAUAGUAUCUUUCAAAAAAAAAAAAAAAAAAAAAAAAAAAAAAAAAAGCACGUCAAACUUUUCCCUCUCGGUUAUCUAAUGCGGAAGCGCUGAGGAGCACUACAUUUAACUGUGAUUCUGCAUCCUUAAAUUCAAACUUGAAAACUGAGGACAUCUUUAUAAUCCAGUAUGGAUACAGUGGGAGUGAAUGUGAUUGAAACAGCGGCUCUAGGGAGACCCUUCCAGCUGGGGAUGCUGUAUGACUGCAGGAAAGAUGCUCUAAUACCAGGAAUCACACUGUGGUAUCCAGAGAAGAUACGUCAGGAUAUGCGAGUCCAUCCCAAAAUUAACACAGAUUUCAAAGUCACAGCUUCAGACUCCAUUCAGGACAAAUCAUCCUUACUGAAGACUGACGGCUCUCUGAAACUGAGUGUUUUAGGUGGACUCGUCAGUGUCAGUGGAGCAGCCAAAUAUCUGGAGGACACCAAGAAGUCUUUCAGACAGCAGAGACUGACCCUACAUUAUCAUUCAACUAGCAGGUUUGAAGAACUGACCAUGAAUCACGUGGUACCUGAAAAUAUAGUUCAUCGUGAGGUGUUUGAUAAUGACACAGCAACACACGUGGUGACAGCAGUGCUGUAUGGAGCAGACGCCUGCUUUGUGUUUGAUAGAGAGGUUUCAUCGGAUGAGAAAAUAAACACAGUAGAAGGAGAAGCAAAAGUGGCCCUUGAGAAGCUCAAAGGCAUUUCAGUAGAUGCAAACAUCAAUCUGAAGAUGAACGACGCUCAGAAGAAUGCAGUCCAAAAAUUCACAUGCAAGUUUUAUGGCGACUUCCAGCUACCUUCUAACCCGACUUCUUUUGAAGAUGCGCUGAAGAUUUUUACUGAUCUUCCAAAACUGCUGGGAGAAAAGAAAGAGCUGGCGGUUCCUCUGAGAGUUUGGCUUUAUCCUCUGGACAAACUUCACUCAGGAGCUUCAAAACUUCAGAAGGACAUCAGCAUGGAUCUUAUUGUGGCGAUUGAAUCAGUGAUUGAGUGUUUAAAUACAACUGAGAUGAAAUGCAGUGACCUUCUGAAUGAUUUGCCUGCCUUGACUUUUACUGCAUUUCAUGAUAAAAUACUGCAAAUGAAGCAAAACUGCUACAUGUACAAACUGAGACUUGUGGAGAAACUCGGCUCUCUGCUGCCAAACAUCCGUGGAGACGUGAAGAAGGAAACUGAUCUGAAUGAUCUUCUACAAGAACACGAUGAAUCUCCAUUCAGAGGACGAGAUCUUGCACAAUGGCUGAAAGAGAGAGAAAUAGAGUCUGUGAUCAUUAAAUCAGUCCUCAGACAGCUGAAGGAUGCUGGUGCACAGGUAGAAGACAACAUAGAUCUGGUCUUGAUGGAUCUGGAGGUUGGGAAUCUGGUCUGUUACACGUUCACAUCGUUGAACUGGACAGAUGUUCUGCUUCUUCAACAAAAUGCCUAUCUGAAUCCUUUAACAAAAGGAAAAAAUGAGAACAGCCUUGAUUCAGAGCAGAAGUCUUGGCUCACUCCUGAGAUCCAAAAGAACACGAGGAACAACUUGAAGACAUUUAAGAACUUGAUUGAUUCAAAAGACCGUAAACCAGCCAAGUUCAUUGUGUCCUCAAAGGAAAUGAAGAAUAAUCCAGGUUCCUGCAUUCUGCUGUAUGAAAGUGAAUGUGAUGAAGCUGUUUGCUUUAUUCCUCCAUCCAAACCAACCUGUCCAAUCACUGAAGAGGUCAAAGAUAAUAGUGUGGUUCUGAAGGUUCCUCCAUCAUGUUCUUCUACAGUGGAGCUCAGAUUACUGUAUAAACGGAAGCAGGACACAGUCUGGAGAUCUAAACCUGUGAUGAAGGAUGAAAACACAGUUACUCUGACUGAUCUGAGAGAAGAAUCUAAAUAUGAGAUCAAAUGUGCAGUGCUGGGGAAACUCAACUACACUGUAUACAGUGACGUCACAGAAGUUGUCACAGAGGGAAAGGACAGUUUGAUUAUUGGAGAGGGUCACUCAAUCCCUUUUACUACCUCUGAGGGUUGUUGGUCUCCAGGAUCUCAUUCAUCUUUUCAGUUAUCAGAGAUGUUCAAACUGAGACUGAAGGAGGAAUUCCAGUAUCUGAAUGAAGAAAAAUCACCUGGACGAAGACAACUACUGAACGAUGUCUUCAUUGAGCGGCACAUCGCAGAGGAACCAGAUUCUCACCUCAGUAAUAAUAUAGAAAUUAAAAGCAAUAGCAUCUUCGAAAGACAGAAUAUCAGGACUGUUUUGAUGAAGGGGGAAGCUGGCAUUGGAAAAACUGUGACUGUGCAGAAGAUCAUCCUGGACUGGGCUGAAGACAAAUCAAACCAUGACAUCAAAUACAUAUUUUCAAUACCUUUUCAGAAGUUGAACAUGAUCAGAGAGACGGUGAAGGAGUGUAGCUUCAUGGAGCUUCUGCAGCAAUGCUUUGAAAAUGCUGAAAAUCUGAAACCUGACUCUGACAGGAUCAUGUUGAUCUUUGAUGGACUUAAUGAGUUAAAAGUUCCUCUAGAUUUCCAAACCACAAAGAAGAUUAUAGAUCUAAACAAACCAGCCUCAGUCACUGAUCUACUAAUAAACCUCAUUAAGGGAAAUCUGCUUCCAAACGCUCAGAUCUGGAUCACCAGCAGACCAGCAGCAGCCAAUCAGAUUCCUGCUGAAUAUAUUGAUCGGGUGACAGAGAUCCAGGGCUUUAAUGAUGAACAGAAGGAGGAAUAUUUCAGAAAGAACAUCAGUGACCUGAAUAUGGCCAAUAAAGUCAUCAGUCACAUCAGGACCUCAACACGCAUCAACAGCAUGUGUUAUUUACCUGAUUACUGCAGAAUCAUCGCAGCGAUUCCAGAGGAAAUGAUCAGUACAUGUGGUGCAGAUUUCCCCAUGACUCUCACUCAGAUGUACAGCAGACUCCUGUUAGCCCAGACUGAAUCAAUUCCAGAGAGAAAAGGGAUCAUCAUAGCACUGGGGAAAAUAGCAUUUCAUCUGUUGGUAAAUGGCAACUCUCUCUUCUGUGCUGAACCUUAUGGACUCAGUGCUGAACAUGUUAAAGCAAGCUCAUCAAUCAUAAAAGUGUUUGAUGAAAAAAGAAAGUCCUUCUGUUUCAUGAAUCACAGAACACAGGAGUUUCUGGCAGCUUUGUAUUUGACUGAUGUCAUUAAUGGAGGAGAUACAGUCCAUCUCUCCAGUCUAAAUCUUGAUUUUGGAGUACAGAGCUUCACGGACUACGAUUCACUCCAGAAAGUGAUGAACAUCGCUCUACAAAAACAGAUGGAUCUCUUCUUCUGUUUCUUACUGGGUUUGACCCUGGAGUCCAGUCAGAGAGCUUUAAAAGCCCUCCUGACACAGAGAAGCAGCAGCUCUUCAUCCAGUCAAGAUAUAAUUCAACACAUCAAAACCAUGAUCAUGAAGUUCUCUCCAGAAAAUGCAGUUGAAAUCAGUCUCCUGUUUGAUUGUUUGAAAGAGCUGGAUGACCGUUCUGUAAUCCAGCAAACACAGCUGAAAUCUGGACUCAGACUCUCUCCUGCUCAGUUUUCAGCUCUGAUGAUUGUGCUUCUGAACUCAGAAGAGAAACUGGAUGAGAAUAAAUCUCAUCAAUCGGAAGAACCGAAGCUUCAGCCAGUGGUCAAAACAUCUGGAGGACAUGAUGGCAGUGGUUGCGCUGAUCUGAGUUCAGCUCUAAGAUCAAACCCGGCUCAUCUGAGAGAGCUGGAACUGAGUAAGAAUGAAAUUACAGAUUCAGGAGUGAAGCAGCUCUCAGAUCUACUGAAAGAUCCUCAGUGUAAACUGGAGAAACUGGGGUUGAGAUCUUGUCAAAUCAGUGACAGAGGUUAUGCUGUUCUAAGUUCAGCUCUGAGAUCAAACCCGUCUCAUCUGAGAGAGCUGGACCUGAGUGAGAAUGACAUUACAGAAUCAGGAGUGAUGCAGCUUUCAGAUCUACUGGAACAUCCUCAGUGUAAACUGGAGAAACUGAGGUUGAGAUCUUGUCAUAUCAGUGACAGAGGGAUUGUUGUUCUGAGUUCAGCUCUGAGAUCAAACCCGUCUCAUCUGAGAGAGCUGGACCUGAGUGGGAAUCACAUUAAACAAUUAGGAAUGAAGAUGCUUUCAGAUUUACUGGCAGAUCCUCAGUUUGAACUGCAGAAAUUGGGGUUGAGUUCUUGUUAUAUCAGUGACAGCGAUUGUGCUGAUCUGAGUUCAGCUCUGAGAUCAAACCCGUCUCAUCUGAGAGAGCUGGACCUGAGUGGGAAUUCCUUUGAAUAUUCAGGAAUGAGGGAGCUUUCAGUUUUACUGAAACAACUACCGAAACUACAGAAACUGGAGUUGAGAUCUUGUUAUAUCAGUAAGAGUGAUUGUGCUGUUCUGAGUUCAGUUCUGAGAUCAAACCUGUCUCUGAGAGAGCUGGACCUGAGUGAGAAUUACUUUGGAGAUUCAGGAAUGAAGCAGCUUUCAGAUCUACUGAAACAUCCUCAGUGUAAACUGGAGAAACUGAGAUUGAGAUCUUGCUGUAUCUGUGACAGUUGUGCUGAUCUGAGUUCAGCUCUGAUAUCAAACCUGUCUCAUCUAAGAGAGCUGGACCUAAGUGAGAAUUACUUUGGAGAUUCAGGAGUGAAGCAGCUUUCAGCUCUACUGAAAGAUCCUCAGUGUAAACUGGAGAAACUGGGGUUGAGAUCUUGUUCUAUCUGUGAUGGAGGCUGUGCUGUUCUGAGUUCAGCUCUGAGAUCAAACCCAUCUCAUCUGAGAGAGCUGGACCUGAGUAAACAUGUCAUUACAGAUUUAGGAAUAAAGCAGCUUUCAGAUCUACUAAAACAUCCUCAGUGUAAACUAGAGACGCUGAGGUUGAGAUCUUGUUAUAUCAGUAACAGAGGUUGUGCUGAUCUGAGUUCAGCUCUGAGAUCAAACCCGUCUCACCUGAGAGAGCUGGACCUGAGUGGGAAUGUCAUUACAGAUUUAGGAAUAAAGCAGCUUUCAGAUCUACUAGAAGAUCCUCAGUGUAAACUGGAGAAAUUGGGACACUCACAGGAUGAGAUCUUGUUGCAACAGUGACAGAGGCUGUGCUGAUCUGAUGUCACUAGAGAUUUAGGAGUGAAGCAGCUUCCAGAUCUACUGGAACAUCCUCAGUGUAAACUGGAGAAAGUGGAGUGAGUGUCAUUAUUCUGCUGCUGUGUGAUUGUUUUAAGAAACACUCAAGGGAUGUCAGGAACAGAUUUAUUUUUCAUUAACAAAAAGUGACAACACCCUGAUCUAAUUUCUGCAGAAAGAACUUGCUAUACAUCUCUUGGUCUCCGUGUAUGAUAAUCUAAUGCUUGAUUUGUGUUUUACAUAAAAAAAAUGUACCUUUUAAAUGUUAGAGAUAAAUGUUCACAGUAUAACAGACACAACAUGUAAAAUAUAAAUAUAAAACAUUUGGGAUUUAUCUUGCUCAUUUUACCAGCAGUGCUAUUUUUAUUUAUCCCACUCAUCAGAUUAGAUGUUUCAUGUUUAUAUCUCUCAUCCACAAUUCUAAAAACAUAUACCCAAGAAUAUGUUAAGACAUAACACCAACACUUACUGAAAUAUCAAAAUGAUUAAUUUCAAUACAUAAAACUACUGAUUUGUACAUGUUCUGAAGGAAAUGUGAGUAGAGCUCACUCAAGAAAAUCUGAGUUUAAUUAAUUACAAUUCAAUACAAUACAAUUACAACUUUUCAGAAUAUAAAUGCUCACAUUCACAUGCUCACAUUCGUAUUUACAAUAUAAUCAAUAUAAGUAUAGCACUGUAAAGGUAGCUUUAAUUUUGCGCUCUGCUUCAAAAAUGUACACAAGUGCUUUUACUUUUGUGAUAACUGUUUAGAAAUAUUAUCUCUUACUACACAUGCCUGUUCAUAAUAUUAGAAAUUCUCACAUAAUGCAUGAUGGAGGGACUAACCUUAACUUAAUUGCAAGUAAAUUUAAAGAGUUUUACUGUGUUUGGUCAUUAAUUUCAACACAGAAAUGUGUUUCUUGUGUCUCACUUUUUCAGCAGCUCAGUUCUGAUAUUUGUAGUGUCUUUACUUUUAGCCUUAAAAGUAAAAUUUACAUCCAGGAUAAAUUUGGUAUAAUGUAUGCUUUUUCAUUUUUAUCCAAGAUGUCAUUCUUCUCUUCACUGCAUGUGUACUGCUGCAAACUAAAUGUACAUUGAAACUUGAAAAAGAAAUAAAAACCCUAAAAUGA